GCUUCCCCCUGUUGAUAUAAAAAGUUAUUGCAUUUGUGUAGGCCCAAUUUAAUUUUACAUGUAAUGCGCAAUAAUUGAGAAUAUGAAAUGAAAUAAAAUUAAAUCCAAUUGAAACUUUAGAAAAUCUAUCAUAGCAAUGCUGGAUCACACUUUUUUUUACACAUUACAUUAACACCAAGUAUACCAAUACACAUUACAUUUAGAGACAUACAUUAAUAGGCCUAAAUACCUAUAGGCCUAAUAUACAGACAAAACAAAUAUUCAACAGCAGUAGCAGAAGCACCACCACCAACACCAACAACAACAACAAAAAGAACAUCAACAUCAACAUCAACAACAAUAACAAACAUCAAAAUUAAAGAGAAAAGCGUACACAUCUCCUUACAAAGUGUAUCCAGAGACAGAAGGAGCAAUCCAUCUCUUGACAGAGUGCCUCAAUGCCAGUCAGCACUAUAUCAGCCCCGUUUCUACCACAUGCAUACACAGCAGGACUUACAGGGGGGACGCAGGCCCAGUAAGUGCACACUUGGUGCUUCGUAGCAUAUGUGGUUUAACUUCCCCUUCCUCUUUUUUGGGUGCUUUUUUAGCCCUUACAUCACACACACACACACACACACACACACACACACACACACACACACACACACACACACACACACACACACACACACACACAGUUCAAACGCGGAAGUUCUGGCAGCCAGUUGGCCCUCUCUGAGUCUCUCUCUCUGCCUGUUUCUUAUUCAGUCUUGGAUACCUGAAGAGGCAUUGAAACAGCUUUAAGGCAGGCUGCGGGGUCUGUCUUGUCUUGAAUGGUUUUGAGGCUUCCAGGUGGACUUGGUUGGUGACGGAGGAGGAGAGAUGAGUCGAGGGAAAUCGAAGACCACAGAGCACGUCCAGAGCAAGCUCUUGAGCAUCCAGGAGAAUGAGAGAGUGGAGGACCUGCUAGGAAGAAGAUGUGUGACGCUGGCGACGGCCGUGGUCCAGCUGUACAUGGCCGUGCCUCACUCCCCCAACGACUGGAGUCUGCAGCAUACGGCCGUGGUCUGCUUCGUCAAGGACAACCCCAAACGCUCCUACUUCAUCCGGCUCUUUGACGUCAAGGAGGGAAAGCAGAUAUGGGAGCAGGAGCUGUAUGAGGAGAUGACAUACUGCACCCCCCUGACCCACUUCCACACCUUCCCUGCAGAUGAUUGUCAGGUGGGCUUGAACUUUGCCAGUGACCAGGAGUCUGACAUCUUCAGGGAUGCAGUGGAGGAGAAAAUCAACCAGAGGGCUCAGCGGCAAGAGAGGAGACAGAACAAUCCAAGACAUCAUGAGAAGAGGUCCCUGCCGCCACUGCCCCCUGGUAAUGGUUCCAGUCCAGGACCACCACAGCCAAUGUCUAUGGAUACCGUUAACAUCGCAAACCCAGACAUAUCCCCAUCACGAUACCGCUCUCCUGUCCCCGUCCCAGCCCCUGCUGCUCUCUCCAUCUCAAAACUGAAAAAGGACAAGAAAAAAGACAAAAAGAAGGGAAGCAAGCUGUCCAAAGCUGAUAUUGGCGCUCCCAGUGGAUUCAUGCAUGUCACACAUGUUGGAUGGGACCCAAACAAAGGCUUCGAUUCCCAGAACCUGGACCCAGACCUGAAGCAGCUAUUCGCUAAGGCAGGCAUCAGCGAAGACCAGCUGAUGGACGCAGAGACCUCCAAACUCAUCUAUGACUUCAUCGAGCAACAUGGCGGCUUGGAUGGGGUUCGCACAGAGAUGAGGAAGCAAGAUUCAGCCUCUCGGGGCAGAUCCGACCCCCUGCCUCCAGUUCCAGGUGGCGGCCGCUCCGUCCCAGCACCCCCUCCACCACGCGGUGGCGACCCGGGCCCUCCGCCCGUCCCGCACCACCCUCCUCGAGGACCACCUCCGUCACGGGGCCCUGGAGGGCCUCCUCUCAACCGGGGUCCCCUGCCUCCUCCUCCACCUUCAGGCAGGGCCGGCCCCCCUCCACCCCGCCCUCCACUGUCUGCUGCCCACCCUCCUCCACCUCCACCCCCAGGUCAUGGCCACUCGGCUGGACCCCCGCCGCCUCCGGUGCCCAUGAGUGCAGGGGGAGGAGGACCGCCACCUCCUCCUCCACCUCCACCUCCUCCGCCACCUCCUGCUGCGCCCUCCAUGGGGGCUCCUCCUCUGCCUGUCUCCGGAGGUGGUGGGAGGUCUUCAGCCCCACCACCGCUGCCUCCGUCUGGGGGUAGGGACGCCUUGCUGGAUCAGAUCCGCAGUGGGAAGAAGCUCAAGAACGUGGCUGACAGUCCUGAUCCCCACCCCCCACCUCCAGCCCAGUCUGAGGAAGGCAUCGUGGGGGCACUGAUGAUGGUCAUGCAGAAGAGGAGCAAAGUCAUCCACUCCUCUGGAGAUGAAGAGGAUGACGGUGGCGAUGAUGAUGACGAUGAUGAAUGGGAUGAUUAAUUUUGACUGUGACAUUUUUAAUUUUUACAUUUAGCUCAAUGAAAAGUGAUGCAACAGCACAACACUGUCCCCUUUUGUAAAUAUAAUAUCUGUAUUUUGGGGCAGCUGUGGCCUAGUGGUUAAAUCAGAGGGUUGUAAGUUCGAAUCCCACCCUUCCAUUCAAUCCUCUCUCACUCAGUGGCUGAGGUGCCCUUGAGCAAGGCACUUAACCCCACAUUGCUCCAGGGACUUUAGCCAAUACCCUGUAAGUUGAUUUGGAUAAACGCGUCAACUAAGUGUAAUGUCAUGUAAUGUAAUCCUGAUUUCAUAUGCCAAAAAUAUACACUUUUAAAUCCUA